GACGAAUAAAGCAUCGCACGAGAGGCGUGACUAGCUCGCGUAGUCCCUCCCCUCCGUUUGAUUGACGUGCGUCCUUGAGCCCCACGAGUCCUGAGUCGCUCUUGUUGUUUAAAGUGUCCGUCAUGUGUGACGCGCGAGUCCGGAGGCGAUUAAAACCCUUUAAGCUUUAAACGCAAGUCUGUUCCGCGUUUACCUGCGCGUGGAUGUGAGUGUGCCGCGCGCUCGCGACAGGUGGAUCGGGCCCGCGCUCUGUCCCGCGGGAGGAGGAGGCGCCAGAACUGCUGCCGGGACAAAAGUUUCUCGGGUCUGAUCUUCUCUGGACCGGAUUCGAUCAGACCGAACUGAUGAACUUCAGGAGCGUCUGACGUUCAUCUGAACACUGAAGAUGGAUCAGCGGAACGGCACGCGCUCGGGUCAUCAGCCGCAGCUGCGCAUUAACGUGCCCAGCACCGCCAGAGAGAGAGUGCCCAGUGUGGACCCGUACGGCUUCGAGCACUCGGUUGAUUUUGACUACGAGUCGUACGAGGAGCUGAUGUCUGAGUACUUGGCAGUGCUCACUAGACGCUCAAUCAAGUGGUCAAAACUACUGCAGGGAAAACCACGUGUCGAUCGAAACCUGAAGGUAAAGCGUUAUGUACGUAAGGGAGUUCCUAAUGAACAUCGAGCUCUGGUGUGGAUGAUGGCGAGCGGCGCUCUCGAGCGGAUGGAGAGACACUCUGGAUAUUAUCAUUCACUACUGGAGCUUCAACACGACCCCAAACUAACAGAAACCAUCAGCACAGACCUGCACAGAACUUUUCCAGACAACAUUCACUUCCGUCAGUCGUCUGAUCCGUGUCUUCAGAGAGCUCUGUAUCGUGUGCUGUUAGCAUACGGACAUCACAAUCCAGCUGUGGGUUACUGUCAGGGAAUGAACUUUAUCGCAGGAUAUCUGCUCAUUAUCACUAAAGAUGAGGAGAGAUCUUUCUGGCUGAUGGACGUUUUGCUCGACAGAAUUCUGCCAGAUUAUUACACACUUUCGAUGUUGGGUUUGAAGACGGAUCAGGAGGUUCUUGGUGAGCUGGUGAAGAUGAAGAUUCCUGCCGUGUGGAAACUCCUUCAGGAUCACGGAGUCAUGUGGACACUGCUGGUGUCACGCUGGUUCAUCUGUCUCUACAUUGACGUUCUGCCUGUGGAGACUGUUCUCAGGAUCUGGGACUGUCUGUUCUACGAGGGUUCUAAGAUUCUGUUCCGCGUGGCGCUUACUCUGAUCCGACCGCAUCAGGCUGAUAUCCUCCCCGCUCAGAAUCUUCCAGACAUCUGUGAACGCUUCAAACACAUCACCAAAGCCCCAGAUGUUCACGACUGUCACACGUUCAUGCAGAAAAUCUUCCAGGAGCCUGGGAGUCUCUCCAUGGCAACCGUUUCCAAGCUCAGAGGAAGCUGUCGAGCUCGGAUUAUAGCAGAAGAGUCUUGACUCUUUUUUUACUGUCAGAUCAUUCCAGACUCUUAGUUUGCACUCGAUUCCUCACAGAGGCACACAUUUUCAGACGUCUGUAGAUGAUGUCACGGCUCCGGGUUUACUGACAGAGACGCUCUGCAAUCACGUUCUUGUUUAUUUUCAUACAUUUCCAGGUGUGCAGAUAGACAAAUAAUAUUUUGUAGAAUCACAGAUGUCAUGACGACUGUUCUUGUGAUUGAGGAGUUCAAUCGUUUCGUUCUCAAUCACGUUUGACCAACAACACUGUGAAAUAAACUCAUGAUUUACUCCUGAA